AGAGCAUGGCUCCGUUUCCGGGACCAAUAACACGGCUCGGCUCCAGGACCAUAGGUGGCUUUCAGGGCUCUUACCGGCAGUACUGCAUAUUUUAGUUGGCUAGUGACUCCAGCAAACAUAGGAACAACCCAGGCUAAGAAAUCCCGCUUCGCACCUCCCAAUCACUCACUAGCCAACAUUAUCAAUUUCUUCAUCUAAAUGCAAGCUGCUCUUGCAGCUAUGGCCGCCCACGCUAUCCUCUGUUUCACGGCCGUCAACCACCAUCCUUUCCUCUCCCAACUCUCCAAUCCCAUUUCCGCUUCUUCUUCGCCUUCUUCUUUAUCACUUCAUUCCUCAUUUCAUGGGGCAUCUCUCAAGCUUCCCCGCCAAUUUUCCGCCGCCGCACCUAAGCCUCUCACUGUCGUGGCAGCCACCAAGAAAGCGGUUGCUGUCCUCAAAGGCUCCUCGGAUGUGGAAGGCGUCGUCACUCUCACCCAAGAUGAUGAUGGCCGCACAACUGUGACUGUAAAAGUUAAUGGGCUUACUCCAGGGAAACAUGGGUUCCAUUUGCAUGAGUAUGGUGAUACCACGAACGGGUGUAUGUCAACAGGAGCGCAUUUUAAUCCGAAAGGGUUGACUCAUGGAGCUCCUAAAGAUGAUGUCCGUCAUGCGGGUGACCUGGGAAACAUAGUUGCCAAUGCCGAUGGUGUGGCUGAGGCAACCAUCGUGGACAAUCAGAUACCUCUGAGUGGUCCAAACUCGGUUGUUGGAAGGGCUUUGGUAGUUCAUGAGCUGGAGGAUGACCUUGGAAAGGGUGGUCAUGAACUCAGUCUAACUACAGGCAAUGCUGGUGGAAGAUUAGCUUGUGCAAGUUGGUUAAUAUGCCUCAAGGAGAUCCUUCCAGUCUGUAAAUAGCAUUCAUGAGGAAAAGGUCUAGUUCACACAGAGGUGUUGUCGGUUUGACUCCCAUAUAAGUAGCUAGCUUGGACCUAAAGAUCACAUCGGUAAACACUUGUGGUGUUUAAAGUUUGAUAUGGAGUUGAAUGGAGAGGAUGUCCAAUUGGAAGAGCAACUGAUUGUUGUCUUGUGAAGAUGCAGCUAAAUGCUGUAUGAACGAAUUUGCAUACUAUUUGUUUAUGCUUAAAUGAAGUGAAUAAAUUUCAAUGCUUGGACUUAGAUUUGUGGAUAUUUUUCUAAACUCUCAGUAUUGUUCUUCCUGAAUGACUUCGGUUAUCAUUUUGGCUUUA